AUGGAGAGCAAGCACGCGCUGGUGAGCGACGGCGAGCUGCUCAAGUCGUCCAACAACCUCAAGGCGACCAAGGCCAAUCCGCGCCAUGACUCGCUCGAGUACGACCCCGCGGUUGCUGAGCGUCUCGCGGCCAUGUACAAGAAGCACGGCGGCGACAUCAAGGACAUCUUUGAGGAGCUGGACGAGAACCCGCGCAAGGCGCUCAAGCACCCGCCCGUGGACGCGACGGACUUUGGCAUCAAGUACGCACAAGGGUUUUACACAUACGCGGAAGAAAAGUAA